AUGCAGAAGUCUGAGUCAUUAGGUUCACUUAAUUUACCAACAAAUUCAGAAAAUUUAAUAUUAACAUCAACAUUUAAUCCAGCAUCGAAACCUAGUUCUUUUUCAAAAAUGGCACGGCGCAUGGAUAUUAUUCCUACACCGAACAGACCAGAUAAAUUAUUACCAUCUACUAAAACUCAAUCCUGUAGUAAUGAGGACAGCUCAGUAAUGAAUACUGUUAUAGCUACUGAAAGCAAUACUGCUUUCGAAGAUGAUCAUGUUUUGUGUGAUAAUCGACAAGAUACUUCAGUAAUACCGAAUUUAAUUCAUAAUCAAUCUCAUCAGAAAGAUCAUACAAGUGAUGAACAAGAAGAUGAUAAUCUAUUUGAUACAUUUAUUUGUGAGAACUUCGUUCCUUUUUCGGGAGCAGAACCCAUCAAUCAAUGGUUAGAUGAGACUGACGCCUUAUUUCAUCGCUUCAAGAUCUCACGUAAACUUCGUUUUCAAGCUAUACCUCUUUUAGUACAAGGCGAUGCGAAACGCAAAUAUAUCAAAAAUCGUCACGCCAUAAAAUCUUUUGAUGAUUUUUAUGAAUUUCUACUAACACAUUUCGAUUCAACUCCAGUAACAGUCAGUACUUCUAAACCUAGUCAAACUAAUCAUAAAGUUGAAUUUGCGAAAGAGUCUAUGUGCAUCAGUAACAUAACAACAGAUUCUAAAUUAAAUGUUGCGAAUAUAACUGAUGCUACUCAGUUGUCACAGCCAUCCGUUUCUUCUUAUAGUAAGCUUGCUAUUGAUGAUACCACCACAACGAGUGGUGAUGUGUCAGACUCUAACUUAUCUGGAAAUACUUCAACAAUUAAUCGUUUACCAUCAGAUCCAGUGAUAACAGAUUUACGCAAAGCUAUCGUAGCAGAUUUUAUACGAAAUCCAAAGAUUUUUCGUGGUAAUAAGGACGACGUGACAAAAUGGUUAGAGGAUAUUGAUCAUUUGAUGCACAUUGCACAUGUUCCUGAUACGAAUCGGCUCGAUCUCAUUUCUUAUUCUCUAAGAGGAGAUGCUUGUCAAUGGUUUCGUAAUAACCAAUCAGUAUUAACUAGUUGGGA